AUGAUUAAUGAGGCUGUAGAUGAUGUCAAUUUCAAUAUUUUCCUUUGGAAUUAUCUUUCUUCAUCAUUCAAUAUUUAUGUAUCCAUGGUUAUGAUACAAAGUGUCGAAUAUCCGGAAGUUUUCUUAAGAAAUUAUGAACAUUUCUGUAGACGUCGGUUGUUGUGGUUCUUAGGAAUCAAACAAAUUGAAUUUUCUUAUUUAGAAGCUUCUAAAGAACUUUCCUUUAUUUUCGAUGAUGAAAUAAGACGCGUCACUGUUGAGAUUUGUAUUUUUCAAACCAACGACAAAGCUCAAAACCAGCUUUGGGUUGUUUCGUUGAUUUUCAUGAGAAAACAGGAAGAAAAAUGA